AUGGAUAGUUGUCUCGGGAAGCGAGAUAAUAAGGAAAAUGCUAAAGUGAAUAUCGAGAAAGAAAGCAUUGAGGUGGCUACACUCAAUCAUGAACUCAAUAACUCAUAUAACGUUUAUGAAAAGGAGAAAUUUUUGGGUUUAGGGGGAUUCUUCCGGGUUUCCUGUUGUGGGUUUCCUUUUCAUGAGGCAUUACUCGGAUUGCUAGUGUGA